CAGUUAGCAACGUCCAUGACCAGUGAAACCUGUGUCGAAACGUCGUCGAUGUCGUACGAGCAGCAUUCGCGCAAGCGCCAAGUGUUGAUGGACACGGAACCGGACGACGAGCGACAGCUGCAGACGCUGUCGACGGGGCAGAGGAUAACCUUGGCGGAGUACAAGCGGAUCCACCAGCCCAUGCACAUGCCGGGGGCGCAGCCUCAACUGCAACAACCUAGGAGCGAUAAUGGCCGCCAAACGCUGGUGCGUAGCAAAGAGCAGCAACGGCCAGUGCAACGCGUUCCUUUUGUGCAAUCUCAACAAGUGGCUCAGCAUGACAAUAAUGAGCCACCAAGUGGACCGUCAGAACAGUCGUCGGAACCCCAGUCAGCAAAAAUGUUGAUAUUCCUACAAAAUGGUGAACAGAGACUUAUCACAUUUACACUGCCAAAAGUAAGCUGUACGCUCAAAGAGGUUUUAGAAAAGGCGAAUGUUCCAUUUUCCGAAGAUACUCAUAUACAAUGUAUGCAAAACACAAGCAGCGAGAUAGAUUACUUUGUGUCAAUUGGCACUAGUUCCAGAAUUGAAGACUUGCUGGAAAACCAUCCGCAUGGGCAUCUUCUCGGCAAUAGUCGUCGGCGCUCUAGGUGGUGCUGUGAUCUACGGCACCGGCGGUCUGGGCGCGGGGCUGGUGGCCUCUAUGAUGGGCAUCAGCUCGACGGGCAUCACCGCCGGCAGCACCGCCGCCGCCGCGCAGGCUUAUUAUGGCAAUCUGGCAGCUGGGAGUAUCCUCUCUAAGCUGACAUCCGUUGCCAUGGCUGCUCCCACUCCAUAAGAGGAAAAGGGGGCUUCUACUCAUAGCAUUCAAUCAAUAAAUGUCUGUGUGUUGUGAA